AUUUUCACCUGCCUCUCUCUGCAACAGCAUCUCCCAUCUGGCUGUUAAGUACCAAAGAAGCUUCCAGCACUACACCCAGCCUCUGGAACUCCCCUUCCUCCUGGACAGGCCUUUGGAAGGAUUCCCCAUUCUGUGCUGUGCAGUUCCAUUCCUGAUGCUCCAGAUCAGCUAGAAAUUGUGCUAUGCAGUUCCAGUCCUAAUGCUCCAGAUCAGCAAACUGCUGACCAAGUGAAGUCUUCAGUGGCCUCUGGACACAGCUCUGAGUUUGGAACCUUUAGGAAAUGCAUUUACCGCGCAGGAGGCGGCUACGGAGGAACCGAAUCCUUUUCUUGCUUGCCACAGUGUUGGUCCUUUCCUUCUACCAGCUCCAGUCCAGCCCCUCUGCCCUUCCAGCAUCACACAGAGCCCCCCAACCCACGGACCCUGCCCAAGUGACCUCCAGGGACCUCCCCAGCAACAAGACUGCUGUAAGAGGCAAUGGCACAGCACCCAAAAUAAGGCACUGCAUCUAUGUGGAUCCUGAGCCAGCCGUGCCCGUCACCACAUCAGUGGGCACAACACCACAGCAAGAGAACGCCAGUGAAAGCGCCCCAGAUGAAAAACCACCCUAUGAGUCCAAAGGAGAAUAUCCCCAGGACCUGUUCAGUGUGGAAGAACGCAGGCAAGGGUGGGUUGUACUUCACAUCUUUGGCAUGAUGUAUGUAUUUGUGGCCUUGGCCAUAGUGUGUGAUGAGUAUUUUGUUCCUGCUUUGGGAGUGAUCACUGAGAAGUUGGAGAUCUCUGAAGAUGUGGCUGGAGCCACCUUCAUGGCAGCAGGUGGAUCAGCACCAGAACUCUUUACGUCCCUCAUAGGUGUCUUCAUCUCACACAGCAAUGUCGGCAUCGGUACCAUUGUGGGCUCAGCAGUGUUUAAUAUCCUCUUUGUCAUUGGCACCUGUGCCCUCUUCUCGAGGCAGAUACUCCACCUGACAUGGUGGCCCUUAUUUAGAGACAUCACAUUCUACAUUGUAGACUUACUGAUGCUCAUCCUGUUUUUCCUAGACAGUGUCAUUGAUUGGUGGGAAAGCCUCCUUUUACUGACUGCCUAUGCCACAUACGUGUUCACCAUGAAACAUAACGUGUUCCUGGAGCAAUGGGUGAAGCAGGAGCUGAAAAAGAAGCUAAAUGCUGUGCAGGCAGCAUCAGCAGAGCAUAUGCGGAAGACAAGCAGGGCAGUUGUAGAUGAUGGAACAACGAAGCCACCAGAUGUGAGGAAGCUUCAGCCUGGGCCAGCCCUGCAGCGGGGCAGCAGCUCGGCCUCCCUGCACAACUCUCAGAUGCGCGGCACCAUCGUCCAGCUCAUGAUCCACACCCUGGACCCCCUGGCAGAAGCAAAAUUUAAAGACAGGGUUGACACCCUGAGCAAACUGGCCAAGGCCAAGGAUGAGACCCUGGAAGGACAAGGCUCCCAGCCAGAAGAGGGAAAGAAAGCACCAAGCAACGUCCAGGUGACUCCUGCCACUGAGUCUGAGCCCAGCAAGGACACACAGAAGGCAGAUGUGCCACAGGAUGGACAGCCCCCCCCGUCAAGCAGUGACACCUCAGACGACAGCAGCUCUGAGAGCCAGGAGGACAGUGAUAGUGACAGCACAGAGAGUGAUGAAAACGAUGAGCCCUUGUCUCUGGAGUGGCCAGAAUCAAGGACAAAACAAGCGAUUUACCUCUUCCUCUUUCCCAUUGUCUUUCCUCUCUGGAGCACUCUGCCUGAUGUCAGAAACUCGGAAUCAAAAAAAUUCUUUGUCAUCACAUUUUUUGGAUCCAUCCUCUGGAUUGCUGCAUUCUCUUAUCUCAUGGUGUGGUGGGCUCACCAGGUUGGUGAGACAAUUGGGAUCUCAGAGGAGAUUAUGGGGUUAACCAUACUGGCAGCAGGCACAUCCAUCCCUGACCUCAUCACCAGUGUCAUCGUGGCCCGCAAGGGCCUGGGGGACAUGGCUGUGUCCAGCUCUGUGGGCAGCAACAUCUUCGACAUCACUGUUGGCCUACCAGUUCCCUGGUUCCUUUUUUCUAUCUUCAAUGGCCUCAGCCCUGUGGCAGUCAGCAGCAAUGGUUUGUUUUGUGCAAUUGUUCUCCUUUUCCUCAUGCUCCUGUUUGUGAUUAUCUCUAUUGCUAUCUGUAAAUGGAAAAUGAACAAAUUACUGGGGCUCACCAUGUUUGCUCUUUACUUUGUGUUUCUGAUCAUCAGUGUGAUGUUAGAGGACAAGAUAAUAUCCUGCCCAGUGUCUGUAUGACAUGUGGACACUUCAAGAUGUCUGUGAGGAUCCAGCAACAUCAAAAGGGGGUUGAGGUAGCAGUUGUUCUACUGAAAAAAAGCAACCAGAAUUGUAACAAACUUACUGAAAAUAAGAUUCCUUUAACAUGCUAAAAAAUAAAUCAUCUUAACUGGUG